AAGUGCACUGAACGACAGCUGGGCGACAAGCAGGACACAUUCCGUUUGCACAAUUGCAUCGCUGAGCAAGAAAUAUAAGGCUGCAAAUGCCAUCGUCGACUUUAGAGGAAAAAAAGUGAAGUUAAAUAGAAAAUUGUUAGAGUCAGCAAGACGUUCAGUCACCCGAGGAAGGGGCCAUUUCUCGAGUGGAUCGUGGACUCUCGCGCCAGAUGAAUGUAGGAGACAAGUUGUGAUGACAACAACGUAGAGUGGUCUGGCACUUGAACUUUACAUUUAUACAAAAAAGACUGAGACCACCAGACAGCUGUUUCUGUCAUCAACAGAACCUCCAUUUAACAGCAGCUUUUGGAAAGGGGAAAAGACACUUUCGGCUGCUGUGACAAAUUCACCUGUCAACAUAAAUACACACCUGAGUAUCUGAAACAACAGACGACAUGAUGAAGAUCAAAGCACAGGGCAUCAAGCUGGGAGCUGUCAUUUUGAUCGCUGAGAUAACCUUCAUUCUUAUUUUCGCUUUCCUCGGUGACUAUGACCUCAGUUCUUUGCCUGACAACCCGGGGGACACAUCGGUACACCUAACAUAUCCCAUGUUCCAGGAUGUUCACGUCAUGAUGUUCGUGGGCUUUGGUUUCCUGAUGACCUUUCUCAAGCGUUACGGCUACAGCAGUGUUGGUGUCAACAUGCUGGUGGCUGCCUUCGUCCUGCAGCUCGCUCUCAUCGUCAGGGGCUUCAUCCACUAUGACAUCAUUGGAGGCCAGCGCUUCCAGGUCACAAUUGGGGAAAUGUUAUCUGCAGACUUUGCGGCAGCUGCCGUGCUUAUCUCGUUUGGCGCUGUGCUGGGCAAAGUCAGCAGUCUUCAGCUGCUCAUCAUGGCCACCAUCGAGGUCAUCCUGGCCCAGCUGAAUGAAUACAUCGGCCUCCACAAGCUGCACGCGUCUGACAUGGGCGAGUCCAUGUACGUGCAUGUCUUUGGCGCCUACUUCGGCCUGAGCGUGGCGCGCGUGCUGUACAACGAGCACGUGCACGGCAGCCGCAAGGAGGGCCCGGUGUACCACUCCGACAUCUUCUCCAUGAUCGGCACUGUGUUUCUGUGGAUGUACUGGCCAAGUUUCAAUGCUGGUGCCGCUGAAGGCCAUGAGCAGAUGCGGGCUGUUGUCAACACCUACCUUUCCCUUUCUGCCUGCGCCAUCAUGACCUUCGCCCUCUCAGCCCUUCUGGACAAAAAUGGCCGCCUGGACAUGGUGCACAUUCAGAACGCCACUUUGGCCGGAGGCGUUGCCAUGGGGACUGCAGCAGACAUGCCGGUGCAUCCAUGGGGCGCACUUCUUAUUGGAUCUGUGGCUGCCAUCAUCUCUGUCCUCGGAUUCAAGUUCCUGACACCGCUGCUGUCGUCCCGCUUGAAGCUGCAUGACACGUGCGGUGUCAACAACCUGCAUGGCAUGCCGGGAUUGCUGGCGGGCAUUUCUGCGGCCGUCAUGGGAGCCCUAUCCUCACCUGACACCUGGGGGGACAGUAUGUGCAAAAUAUUUCCCGCCCGUGAGGGAUGUGGUGACAACUCCACUGACUUGAACAGGUCAGCACUAGAGCAGGGCGGCUACCAGAUGGCAGCACUGAGUGUCACUCUGGCCAUUGCCAUUGGUGGUGGCAUACUGACAGGAUUUAUACUGAAGAUUCCCUUCCUUGAUGCCCCAGAGAGAGACAUGCUCUUUGAUGACCAACACAGCUGGAAUGUUGCUGAGCAACAAUUCCCAGACGUUCUGGUUGAAUCAGAAGGAGGUGAAGUUGUCCAACUUUUCCAUCCAGCGGAGUAUGAGAAAAGUGUUGUGACUAGGUGUGAGGGGAGUGAGUAGAUACCCACAUUCUGCCUGAGAGACAUCUAACCGCCACAAAAUGGCUGGCAGGGUAUGUCAACUCCGCCCACUCCCCACCCCUCACAUAAACAAGCUUGAGCCUUGCAAUCUAUGGCGUCUUCCACAAGCCCUGAGUUCUCCAGGAUUUGCUUGAAAACCUGGAUUUCCUGGCUGUAGUGAGGGAGAACCUGGAUCUCUUGGCUGUGGUCAACUAUAGCCUGGACCUCAUGACUAUGGCAAAUACCUGGAGCUCCUGGACGUGGUAAAGGGCAGCCUGACACAGAGAGACAGCCUUGGUUGUUGGGGCCAAGCUUGAUACAGGGAGGAGGAUACUUGAGAGAGAGUGAUUGUAUUGUAGAAGUCUGAGACUAGCUACGUCCCAACAGUAGUGAAGCGGGAGACCCAAUCUCCUUCGGGUACCGAAACUGAUGAACUAUAGCAAAACUAUCAUCUAACGAGAAAUUCAACAGCUUUUUGUAUGUGCUUUUUCUGAAACCUCAUGCUGUAUUUAAAAGAUAAUAAAACUUGCUGCUAAACA